AUGAAGAAUUUUCAAGCAAGACUUGGGCUUGCAAGACUCUCUGCUGCUGGGACGAGAGCCCACAUCUACUGUGAAGACAUUCUGUUCCCAAAGGUGUGCAGGAUUGUGGCAGACCUAUGGCUCAUUUACUCCAAGCCUGUCCCAGCAAACAGCAGAGAGCUGUGGACCUUGUUUCUGCAGUGCUCUUGUAUCACAGCAGUGAUAGGAGGCCUCUUUUACAACUGGAUGUUUGCUUCCCUGGAAUACUCCUGGCAAGUCUCUGUUGCAGUGGCCAUCUCCUUCAGCCUACUCCUUUUCCUGACCCUUUUCCUGGUGCAUCCUGCCCGUUGUGUCUUCACUAUGAUCAUGCCUACCCUAGGGACCAAACAAGGCCGGAAGCUUCUGUUGUCGACAUGCAUCAUGAUAGCUGCAGUGAACAUCACACCCAACAUCAUCAGCAACAUCAAAAGCAUUCUGCAGGUUAUUCAGUGCAUCUGCAAGACCUCCUCCGAGAGUCUUUUGAACUCCACUGCCCUGCUAGAGGGAGCUUACAGGGAGUUUGGGGAUGCAAUUCAAGAAACUGUGAAUUCCAUUCAAUUUUACAGGCCUAUGGAUGGGCAAUUCCGCUUCUCACUGUUGAAGAACAGCUCCUUUAUUUACCAACAAAUGCACCUUGCUGGUGAGAAGAUUGGGAGGGACUUCCUAGCUGUUGAGGUACUGGUCAAAGACUCUGUACAAGUAGGCAACAAGCUGAUUGCUGGCUUCUCCAUCCUCUACCUCUGUUUUGAGUCCAGCUGGUAUCUGAAAAAGUACCUCACUGACCUCCGCUUUGACAACUUUUACAUCACCAAGAGGCUGGAGCAGUUAGCUUUGGGCAGCAAAGCAGCUCACCUGCUGCUGGGCUCAUCCAGAAAGCUCAUUCGACCAACAGGCUUGAAGCUGUCCCGGGAGGAGCUGAUGUCAUGUCUGGUGCAGGCCAUGCUCCUCAGCGUGGCCCUGCUGCUGAUGCUGGUGGUCGUGGCCAUGGAGCACUUUGCCUUCAGCGUGGCAGACAGGGCGGUGACAAAGGCAGCUCAGUUCUCCGUGGUGCCCGUGGCUCUCAACAUCAAAUACAGUGCUAAACUAAGGAUCUCUCCCUUGAUUCCUCAAAGCGAUGUAUUACUCAAGGACUUUGAAAGAAGCUACCCCCAUUACCUGACCUUCAGCUCUGCCCAGUGCAGGGUCAGCCCCCCAACACCCCCCAACCCCUCCGUGCUGCUCGUGGUGGGGCUGCUCUUCUGCAUCCUCUACACCAUCGUGUUCCUGCAAGCCUACGCCCGCCGCCUGUGCAGGGCGAUCGCGGGAGCCUUCUUCCAGAGCUGGGAAGAGGAGAGAGCUCUCCACCUCUGCAAGGAGCUCUGCCAGGAGCACAAGGUGAAGCAUGGCAGGAGAAGCUAA